UAAUAAUGUUUGAAGGCACAAGAUUGUAAUAUAUUGUUCCCGGGUAUACUGGACAUAUUCCGAAAAGCUUUUUUGAAUAGCAAGUUGGAUAUUAUUAAGAAGAAAAACCACAAAAUCAUAUUCCAGGUAAUGAGUUAUAUGAAUUUAUUCAGGAUAUGCUGGAGAGAUUAAAUCAAUGAAAGCUGAAAAUCUAUUUGCUUAAACUUAUGGGAAAAUAACAUAUCAAAUAUAACAUGAUGAUUAUUACAAAGGAUAAGAUGUACCACCUGAAUUAAGAUAUAAAUCUUAAUUAUAAGACACAUAUCAAAAUUAGAAUAAGGUAUAACUUAGAACAGCUGCUGAAAUAGUUGGUGUGAAACCAAAACCUAUAGAAUAUAAGAUUGUAAUUCAAUUAUUUAUAGAAUUUAUUAGCCUCAAACUGAAACUGCUAAGAAUUUCUUUAGAUUGGAUGAGUAAGGCAAUCCCAGAUUAAAAGAAUCUCUUACUAAUUGGAAGAGUGAAUAUGAAUAACAUUCAGAAACUAUAGAUGAAGCUACUCAUAAAUUCCAUGGAGAUCCUGGAUAAAAAGUUCCAAGUAUUUAUUUAAAUAUAUUUAUUAGUCCCUCUUGGUGAUCCAUUACCUGGAUAUACAGGUAUGUAAAAAAGAGUAGUUGCAGCUAAUAUUUUUGGAUAAACUUUUGCAAAUGCUCGUAGAACUGCCUUACAAGAUGAUGCAAAGAUUAAAGAUGAAAAAAUGAAUACAUUCAAACAAUAAGCAUCAUUUAUACCAGCUUUAAAAAGAUGAUAAUUAUUAUAUAUAUCAACGAAC